CUCCGUUGUUAGGUUCUUUGUAUUGGGAACGUGGACGCCGCCGUCUUCCCCUCAGGUUUACUUUGAACGUCUUGUAGUUUAGCCACCAGCUAUUUUUAUGUGUGAUAUUGUGUAUAUUGGAUUGAUUGUGUGCAGGUUUAAACAGUUUCCUAUUACUUUCUCUGAGGAUUUGCCUCGAGAUAGUUUAGAGAUUUCACCUAUUGUUGUGUUUUAAUGGCAUAGUGGCCUGUUCUGCUCGUUCUGAAGCGUGAGAAUUGAUUUUUGGUAAAACUCCAAAUGUUCCAGUGCAGGUAUAAGUGGAAAUACAAGAGUUGUUCAUAAAUAAUCUGAAAGAGAAUAAUAAGUUAUAACUUUAAAGCCAUUUUCCCAUGUGUUGCAGGUUGGAUCAUUUAGGUUGGAUGAUUUUCAAUUGUUAUACUCAUUGAGUGAAAUAGUAAACAAGAUACUUGCUGGAGGAAAAAGUUAAUCCUUCAGAUUAAUGUCAUUUUAUCAGAGUGAGUUUAUUUAUCUAAGUUUAGGGUUCUGGAAGGAAACUAAAGGUUUCUGGAACUGUUGCAGUAGAGGUGAAGAGGCUUUGGGUUAGGCAAGCUUGAGGGGCGGGAGCUGAUUCGCCUACACGUUAUGUUUCAUCGUUUUAUGGGAGCGAAAGGAGGAAAUAGAACACAUGUACCAUUUUUCACAACUUCAGGCUGAUCAAUAAUUUAGAGGUAAAUCGGGGGUAAAGUGAUUAAACUAGAAGCCGAGAGAAGACUUCUGUUGACGCUUGAAGAGAUCUCUCUUAGGACAGUACGGUACAACCUUAAUGUAUAUAACCAUGCUGGAUUAUGCACACAGUAGGGUUUGAACCCACAUAUUUUUAGGCUCAGUGAAUCCACUCUUUUUUUCCAGUUCAGAACACUAACUUCAAGUCUAGGAAUCUAGGAAAUGCAGCACAUAAUCUAUGCUAAGAUGUUUAAGAACCUGAUAUAGACAAACCACAUAGGCAUUCAUCAGAUAAAAAAGUACUUUUACCCCUUGUUCUCCAUUUUACCCUAACUAUAAGACUCUAGUCUCUAUAGCCUGCUUACAUAACCCGAUAAGCAGAGCACCAGUGGCUUUUGGCAUCGUCUGAUUUUGUGAUUAUGAGGAAUGCUAACUUAUUUACAGUGUUUUUAAACUUGCUUUGAUAACAUUGAAGAAGGCAACUGUAAAGUACCUCCACAUAUCAACUCAAGGUUAUUGCUAUGUUGAAUCAUAAUUUGUUUAAGUGUAAGGAGUACCCACUCCACACUGGCCAAGCUUAAGACAGUCUUACUGUCAUCGGUUUUUGACUUGUGCUUCACCAUUCUUAUUCAAGACACACAAAAUGCUAAUGCUGGAGGAACUCAGCAAGUCAGGCAACAUCUAUGAAGGGGAAUAAACAAACAAAAUUGCAAGCCAAGAAUCUUCAUCAAGAUUUCCUCCUGAUGAAGGGCCUUGACCUGAAACGUCAACUGCUUAUUCCCUCCAUAGAUGCUGCCUGACUUGCUGAGAUUUUCCAGCAUUUCAUGUGUGUUGCUCAAGAUUUCUAGCACCUGCAGAAUCUCUUGUGUUUAUUAAUCUUAUUCAUCUGCUCAGUCUGAAACAAAUACUGUUCAAUCUCAAUUUUCUGUUCAAUGAUGAGAUAACCUAGCUGAGUUGGUUCCAAGUGCUUACAUAGGGAUGGCUGCAGUUAUUGGACAAGGAACGGAAUGAAACAGUUCAAGAGGAAGAGGAAAAGCAACUUUACAUUGAAAGAAACUGAAAUCUUACUGAAGGAAGUGAGGGAUAAGAAAGAUAUAAUAUAUACACAGCAACAUGAUGCAGUAACCAAUGAGUUAAAGUGGAUGGCUUGGAAGGAAAUAGCAGAAAAAGUCAGUGCUGCAAGUUGCAGCGAACAACGUACUGCUUAUGAAGUGAAGAAGAAAUAUACUGAUUUAAAGUGUUAUUUAAAGAAAAGAGGGAAAUGCUUAGACAGGAUGGAAGAAAUAAUGACUGACUGUAGCCCUACUUCACUACAUGGCUUUAAUGACAAUGUUUUCAAUGGCGGAACAUCUUGUCAUUUUGAAGAUUCUCUAUUGGUCAACGAACCCAAUAGAUCUGUUUGUGUAAUAAAAGUGGAAGAUGCAGGUGAUGUAGAAGAGGAGGAGGAAGAGCAGGAGCCACAAAAUACAGAGAUUAGAAACAUGGAAGAAGAAUCUGGUGUCAUUGCAAGUUCAAUCCCUACCACUCGGGGACUGGAAGAAAUUGAGAACCUUUCUGAAGUGGAGGGACAUUCUUCACACUCUGAUCACCCUGCAGCAUGGAAUUGCAGCUCCGAGUCGCUUUUCCUUAUGGAGAAACAGCGGUUAGAACUGGAGAAGCAACGUGUGGUACUAGAAUCCGAAAGACUGCAGGUGGAGAAAGAGCGUUUGCAGAUUGAAAAGGAAAAGUUACGAUACCUGGAUAUUGCAAAUGAAAGGCUGCAGUUGGAGAAGGUUCGGUUGCAGCUGGAGAAGGAGCGUUUGCAUCUCAAGAGAGAGAAAUUGAAGCUAUUAACCAUGCAGGCCAAUAAGUUAUCACAAGAGAAUGAAUGUAACUCACUGACUGAAAAUACAACUUUAAAGCCCAUGGAUAUUGAUGCAGAAAAAUUAAAACUGGAAAGAGAAAGAUUACAGAUGAAAAAAGAAAGACUACAGUUAUUGAAUAUUGAGACUGAAAAGCUGCGGAUAGAGAAAGAGCGUCUGCAAAUUGAAAGAGAACACUUGCAGUUGCAAAAACAUUGCCAGAAAAGUCAUUCCAUUUAAUUAUUAGCAUAUUGUUUUUCAACCUAAAUCUAAUCUAAAUUGAAUUUUGCAUCCUAUUUAAGUUACUUUUUGCAUUGUGUUAUAGAAAGUUCCAUACAAAUGCCAUCCCGCAGUCUAUUUUUAUCUGUACAUUUAUGAAGAAUUAACAUGUAUCUGGUUAAAAAUUUUAUCUCUAAUUUUGUGACCUCUUCCAGUCAGACCAAACCUUAACAUGUAGCAAAGGCACACAAUAUAAAGUGUUAAAUUUGGACUUAAAUUUUGAUUGCAUUUGCUUAAAUUGUAUUGAUGUAUGAAUUAGUGUUUAAUGGAAGGAUCCUUUUAGUCUAAUAUUUUUUUCUUAUAAUUGAUCUCCAUAAAACACUGGUAUUGACGUUACUAACUCUUCAAAGGAAUUGCAAUCAAGCUACUUGUACACUGCUGGUUUAUUUUACACUACCUCUAAAACCGAAAUAUUUUGGCUCACAUGUGUUUUUGUUGAUUGAUGUAAGCUUUUCAGCUAGUGCCUGAAAUUAUGCCUGUAACAACUGCUGGCCACAUCUACAAGGAGGGGAAGAGAUGAUGUACGAUAGAUGUGAAAUAUUUUUAUGGUAUCCUUUAUGUUGCUGCUCCUUUUUGUCCUUAUUGUAACAGUGAGCUUUUAUUACAUUCAAUUAUAUUGAUUACUUCAGUGAAAUUAAUUCAUUGGAAGUUCUGAGAUUUUAUCUGUGCUUGCCAUAUUCAAAUACAAUUUCACUGAUACAGCUCAACAGAUUUUAGAUGGAUUCCUUUCUCAUCUACCCUGCUUGGAUUCAAUGUCAGGACACAGAAAUGAAAAAUGUGAAAUGCUGCACUGUGAUUCCUCAAACUACAUUAAUAUGACAAUGGCAACAAUCUAUCCUUGUCAGCAGUCCGGCCAAAGGAAGUUGGAAAAUUUAGGUUUGAUCUUUCAAAACACUAGUAAGAGGCUUUCUGUGCAUGACCUUAUUGUAUUAUUGUUCUUAAACUGUGUUAAACAAAUAAUCAUGUUCUUUUAAAAAGAUAAUAGGGUCAUGGUAACUUAGAGUUAGGGAGAGAAAGAAUUGGCUAGAUUUCACGUUAUGUUAUUUCCAUUGAAAAAUGUUUUUCAUGUGACUGCAACUUUACAGUUAGUACAAGCUACCUUUAGCUGUGGUUUUGACAUUUACCUCUGUUUACUUGGAAGUUAAACUGGUAAAAGAAAAAUCCUUUUAUUUUGUGGUUCAAGUAUCAUAGCAUUUCAGUUUCUAAGUAUGAGUUCAUUUGAUUAACUCAUUAUUAGUAGUUUAUAAGUUUUAGUACAAUAUAUUUGCACAGUAGAUAGAAAACCAAAGCUGCAUAUUAUUAGAAAAUUUGCACUGUGCCUUUAGUAAGUUGAGGCAUUGUGAUAAAUAGACUACUGACCUCUUCUAUUAUAUCUCAUUUGUUUAAAUUAUAAUCCAGCGUUCAGAAUAACAAAAAGUGUGCUGGAAAUUUUCUUGAUUUGAGAUUUCAAGUGCUGGCUUCAAUAAACUGUUGUUCAGUUUUAACCAUUUUCACCCUACUCCUUAGAUAUAUUUUCUGGAAGGAGGCAAGUUUACAAGUAGAAUUAAUGAUAAUUAUAUCUGUAUCCUCCAAAUUUAUAUGCCAAUGCAAGAAAUUCAAUAAUCCUGUUUUUGCAAAUCUGAAGUAAAUAUUUUUGUUCUAUCUGAAUAGUAUUUGAAUGAAAAUGAGAUGAUAAGAUAUGGCUAAUGUACAUAGUUUUAAGAAUACUGUGAAUUAAAUUAAACUUCUAGUUUUCUGCAUGCAUACCUUCUGAUCCAAAUAAAAAAAUAAGGAAAAUAUCAGAAGUACUUGUUGGGUACCAAAGGGAGAACUAAGAUAACACUUGUAUGAUGUAUCAAUGAACAUGCACUAAUGUUUUACUUUACUAACAAAUGGAUAAAAUUUCAUUUUUUUGUUACUUGCACUAAAUGGGCCAAAUAGUGUUGGCUGUAUGUUUGAAUAUUGCUAUAUUUCAUAUUUAGUGUAAGCAACCAAGGACAAGUUUCUAGGUCAAAGAGUUUAAAAUGGUUUUUCAAAUAACCUUCAUGUCUUUUGUAAUGCAUGGAAAUAGGUUGCAUAAAUCAAAUGGUUAAGUUAGUUUAUCCUAGACUCUUCAGUUUUCUUAAGUAGGAAAGUUUAUUCGUUAGGAUCCUUGGCCCUGGAUGCUAAUCAAGAAAAUGCAAUUGCCAUGUUACUCAAUCACAUAAACUUGCAUCUCAUAGAGCUGUUCAUUGAGUACAGAAUUUGGUUUCAUCUCACAGUUCAGUUUCUUAUGUGAAAAAUGGCCACUGCAGUGAGGCAUUGGUUCAAAGGAUCAAACAACGUAAGGACCUAACGAUAUGUUUAGACUUCCAAUAGAAAAGGGAAACUAUUUAGGGAAAAAAUAAUCAGUACAUUUCAAUUUAUUAUACUGACAGACCAAUAUACUUACUUUGCUUUUUAAAUACAAGUUACUUUAAAGUACAAAUAAGUGAUUGUAGUGGUGACUGUAGCCUUAAUUAUAUGCUUGGAACUGAAAAGUUUUAUGACCUAAUUAAAAUACUAAAUAUUGAGUAUAAUUUUCUACCAAUGGUCUCAAAAGAUAUCCAGUAAGCAAUGAAUGCCAAAACUCAGGCAGUUCUAUUAGUGGUUAUAGUUGUUAUUUACAUGUUUUAAUUGUUCAAAUUCUGUACAUCCGUAGAUUUAGAAAGAGAUAUUGUUGCACAAUGUUAUCCCAUUGGUGAACAAAUCUUAAAAUGGGUUCAUAACUUGAUUAUAAGAGUUUUUUAAAAAUGGCUUUUAUAUACAGUGCCAGAUCAUCCUAAAACGGUUUCUGAAUAUUUCCAGCCAAAAAGCUAGUCUGGUGUUGCACAAAGCCAUUAAGUCCAAAAAAUACCAUUCAGGUUAAAUUCCCAUUCUGUGAUAUUAACUGAAUGAACAGAUGGGUCAUUAUUUUGAUUUCAUCACUUGAAAACUAGAACUGUUCCUGCUUUUUUUUUCCUGGUUACCAGUCAAAAUCCCCUGCAAUGAAAUGUUUGUGGAGUUUUGAUGGACUUCUCAGUUAUUCCCCUAUGGUCAGAAUAGCUUUCAAUUAUCAGGUGUUAUUUGCUUCCAAAAUAUGCAGAAUAUUAUCCUAGUUAUAGUCUGACUGGGGAGUAGAGAAAAAAAUAUUGGCCUGGAUUGCGUUGUCUUUUACCAACAGUUCCAAUUAGAAUUGCUAGUUUUAAGUUGUUACAAUUGCAACCUAGACUUCAGUGCAUGCGCAAUCAAGUGUGGAAGUCUCCAGAUGUAGGUAGCAAAGCUAAACGGAAUUAAUACUAACUUAGGUUUUACUGCUGAUAUGGCACCAGCUUUGCAGUCUGUCUCGGGCAUUUUGCAGACCCGGCCUCCUUAAGCCCACCCGCCAUUACCAUGCCACUGGGAUCCAAUCUGCUUAGAGAGAGUGACAUAGUUCUCCACAUCCAGCCAAGUACAUGCACUGUUUCUGGUUGGGGCACUGGACCAGAGUAAUUUGCCUCAUCAUAUAUAUUCUAAAAUCAAAUAAAUUUUUAAAAAAUGUACCACUGAAAUUUGUACAUUUUAAUUCUAAUAAAUUCUCAAAUUUACAAACAAUGUCAAAUUAUAAUAAUCUUGUAUCAAAUAUUUUUUUCUGUAAACUUUAAUGUUUGGCCCAACAACAGUGCACUGGUUGGUAAUUUUGACAAUAGUGGAACCUGCAAUCACAAGUUAUUCAGGAAAUAAUCUUUUAUGAUCACCUUAGCUACUAAAUCACACAGAUACAUUUGUGUCACAUUUUUCAUGAUGACUGUUAUCCAUAAGAUAAAUAUUAUUGAAAGGAAAAAUGUUUCUGUUGGCUAGCUUACCAAAAAUAAAGCUGGUAUUUUGUAAGAAAAUAGUUUCUGAGAGAAAAAAAUAUCUUCUGAAUGUGUUUCUUAUUAAAGUGGUUCUAUAACUGUAAAAACACGACAUUUGGAAAUUUAGUUACGACUAGUGGUAAAAUUUGUAAUAUUUAAAUCAAAAUAAAAGGAAUU